AUGAGUGAUAGAAAGUACAGCAAACAAAGCAAAGCGGAUAUCGCGAAGCAGUUUGAUCUUCCAGAGCGGCAAUCAAAGAUCACUACGUUGCUCAACCAAGCAGGUCAAGCUUAUUGUAUAUGCCGAUCGUCCGAUAGUUCACGUUUUAUGAUAGCAUGUGAUGCAUGUGAGGAAUGGUAUCAUGGAGACUGUAUUAAUAUAUCUGAAAGAGAAGCUAAAUAUAUCAAGAACUAUUUUUGUGAUCGAUGUCGAGAGGAGGAUCCCACACUUAAAACAAGAUUUAGACCCCAAAAAAGGGAAAAUGAUGGUGAUUCAGGAAGAGAUGACAGAAAGAAAACACGGAAAGAGAAAGAUCAUUUUGAAAACAAGUCAUCAAAAAGGCCAACAAAAGAUGGCUGUGGAGAAUGUUCUGGGUGCUUACAGACUAAUGAUUGUGGACAUUGUGAUGCAUGUGAAGAUAUGUAUAAAUAUGGAGGUAACAACAAGCUUAAAUGCCAUCAAAGAGUAUGUGUUAAAAGUAAGAAGACAUCUAAAGUGUCAAGCAGUAAUAGAAUUAAAAAGAAGCAUCAUGAACGUGAGGUAUAUGAGCCAGAAGAGUCCAUAUCUCAUUUGCAAACAUCUGAGCCACGGCAGUGCUACGGUCCCCAUUGUUCCCGUGCAGCAAACUAUGGCUCCAAGUACUGCUCUACUCAGUGCGGCAUGCGGCUGGCCACAGCUAGAAUAUACCAGGUGCUACCUCAACGCAUCCAGGAGUGGUCUCUCUCACCUUGCAUCUCGGAGCAGCACAACCGCAAAGCCCUGGAGGUGGUUCGUGGAGAGCUGGCUCGAGCCCAGGCUGCCCUCCGAGCCCUAGACAAACAGCACCGUGACCUGGAUGCGCUACUGCUGAGAGCGCGACAGGCCACUAUUGACAGUGGGGAUGAGAAAGAAGCAGACGACGAGACCUCAAUGUAUUGCAUCACAUGCGGCCACGAGAUACACUCGCGUACUGCAGUCAAGCAUAUGGAGAAAUGCUUUAUAAAGUACGAAGCGCAAGCAUCCUUCGGAAGCCGCCAUCGCACGCGCAUCGACGGGCAAAGCAUGUUCUGUGACUACUAUAACUCGGUCAAUGGAACCUAUUGCAAGCGUUUGCGGGUAAUGUGUCCGGAACACUUCAAGGAUCCUAAAGUGAGUGAUACAGACGUUUGCGGGUGUCCGUUGGUGCGCAAUGUGUUCGAGCCCACCGGUGAGUUCUGUAGAGCUCCCAAGAAGUCCUGUCUGAAACACUACCAGUGGGAGAAGUUGCGUCGCGCCGAGAUCGAUAUGGAGAGGGUUAGGCAGUGGCUUCGCCUGGACGAGCUGGUGGAACAGGAGAGGAGCAUUCGGCUAGCUAUGGCUUCCAGGGCUGGUGUCCUCGGCUUGAUGCUCCAUUCGACUUAUAACCACGAAGUGAUGGAGCGUAUCACCAAAGCUAACGAAAACGGCAAGCUUAAGGAGGGCUCA